AUUUGAAAGCAUCUAACCAAGUGUUUUGUGUGUGCGGGAGAGAAGGGAAAGGGUAAGAGGUGGAGUUUGGGCGUGCAGUGUGAAAAUUUCAAAGUUGCAGUUUUCCUGGGCUUAGUGUUUGAGUUUUUUUUUGGCUUUACUUAUAGUCUCUCUUCUCUCUCUUUCUACCCCUCCCUCUAUCGGUGUCUGUGUUUAAGCCCUUUUGACAUGUAGGUGACAGGAAACAAAAAAACGGAAGUUGGCCAUAACUAAAUGAACUGCAGUGUUGUAUAACUUUCCAUCAAUACACACACACACACACACACACACAUAAAUAACAAUCAGUUCAGUGUGUUGAAUUUUCUUCAAUUGAAAAUGGGUCGCAAAAAGAAAACUCCAACGGGCGUAUCGGCUGGUGGUGCCAAUGGCAAUGGCAACACCACCUCGAACACCUCAAAAACUGUAGGCGGCUGCUGUGUACCGCUGGGAUUACCGCAACCUUUGCUGCUCGAGGAGAAGAAAUUCCUGUUGGCUGUCGAGCGUGGCGAUAUACCAAAUGUACGCAGAAUUUUACAGAAAGCCUUGCGACAGCAGCAUAUCAACAUCAAUUGCAUGGACCCCUUGGGACGACGGGCCCUGACCCUGGCCAUUGAUAAUGAGAAUCUGGAAAUGACCGAACUGCUGGUCAUUAUGGGCGUGGAGACAAAGGAUGCUCUACUUCAUGCAAUCAAUGCGGAAUUUGUUGAGGCUGUGGAAGUUCUGCUCCAGCAUGAGGAACUCACUUACAAGGAGGGCGAACCCUAUAGCUGGCAGAAAGUGGACAUUAAUACGGCAAUGUUUGCCCCAGAUAUCACGCCUCUAAUGCUUGCCGCCCACAAGAAUAACUUUGAAAUUCUGCGCAUCCUUUUGGAUCGAGGAGCUGCAGUGCCUGUGCCACAUGAUAUACGUUGCGGCUGUGAUGAAUGUGUACGACUAACGAGCAAUGAUUCGCUACGGCACUCUCUUUCACGUGUGAAUAUUUAUCGUGCCCUAUGCAGUACUUCGUUAAUAUGUCUCACCUCAAAGGAUCCCAUAUUGACGGCCUUUCAACUAUCUUGGGAUUUGAGGAAUUUGGCUCUAACUGAACAGGAAUGCAAAUCCGAGUAUAUGGAAUUACGACGACAAUGUCAGAAAUUUGCUGUGGAUCUUUUAGAUCAGACACGAACAUCCAAUGAGCUGGCCAUCAUAUUGAAUUAUGAUCCACAGAUAUCAACCUAUGAGCCGGGAGAUCGGAUGAGUUUGAAUCGUCUUGUUCAGGCCAUUGCGUAUAAGCAAAAGAAAUUUGUUGCCCAUGCCAAUAUACAGCAAUUGUUGUCAUCGAUAUGGUAUGAUGGCUUACCAGGUUUCCGUCGGAAAAGCAUUGUGGACAAGUUUAUUUGUAUUGCCAAAGUUGCAGUGUUGUUUCCCCUCUACUGUUUCAUCUACAUGUUGGCUCCGAAUUGCCGGACUGGCCAGCUUAUGCGUAAACCGUUUAUGAAAUUCCUCAUUCAUGCCUCCUCCUACCUGUUCUUCUUGUUCAUUCUCAUCUUGGUCUCUCAGCGAGCAGACGAUGACUUUAUACGUCUCUUUGGUACAAGUCGCAUGAAGGCCGAACUGGAUGAACAGGAGCUACGGCAACGUGGCCAGGCACCCAGCAAAUUGGAACUAAUUGUUGUACUCUAUGUGAUUGGCUUCAUGUGGGAGGAGAUACAGGAGAUAUUUGCUGUUGGUAUGAAAAGUUAUUUGCGUAACAUGUGGAAUUUCAUAGAUUUCCUACGCAACAGUCUCUACGUUUCGGUUAUGUGUCUACGAGCCUUUGCGUACAUACAACAAGCCACUGAAAUUGCCCAUGAUCCACAGAUGGCCUAUAUACCACGUGAGAAAUGGCAUGACUUUGAUCCACAAUUGAUUGCCGAGGGUCUGUUUGCUGCUGCCAAUGUAUUUUCCGCCUUAAAGUUGGUUCAUCUGUUUAGCAUUAAUCCGCAUUUGGGACCAUUACAAAUUUCAUUGGGUCGCAUGGUCAUUGACAUUGUGAAAUUCUUUUUCAUCUAUACUCUGGUGCUAUUUGCCUUUGCCUGUGGUCUAAAUCAGUUACUUUGGUACUUUGCCGCUCUCGAGAAGAGCAAAUGUUAUGUCUUGCCUGGAGGACAGGCGGAUUGGGGCUCUCACGGUGAUUCCUGUAUGAAAUGGCGACGCUUUGGCAACCUCUUCGAGUCAUCGCAGUCGCUGUUUUGGGCCAGUUUCGGCAUGGUGGGCUUAGAUGACUUCGAGCUAACGGGCAUCAAAUCCUAUACUCGCUUCUGGGGUCUACUCAUGUUCGGUUCGUAUAGCGUCAUCAAUGUGAUUGUAUUGCUGAAUUUGCUCAUUGCCAUGAUGUCCAAUUCGUAUGCCAUGAUUGAUGAGCACUCGGAUACAGAGUGGAAAUUUGCUCGUACUAAGCUAUGGAUGAGUUACUUUGAGGAUAGUGCAACCUUGCCACCUCCAUUCAAUGUGUUGCCCUCGGUUAAGUGGGUAAUUAGGGUAUUUAGAAAGUCUAGCAAGACCAUCGACAGACAACGUUCAAAGAAACGUCAAGAACAGGAGCAGUACAAUAAAUAUGACAAUAUAAUGCGCUCUUUGGUUUGGCGCUAUGUCGCCGCCAUGCAUCGCAAAUUUGAAGAUAAUCCGGUGACUGAAGAUGACAUUAAUGAGGUGAAAAGUGAGAUUAAUAGCAUGCGCUAUGAGAUGCUGGAAAUAUUUGAGAAUAGUGGACUAGAUGUAUCGUCAGCAAACAAAAAGGAGAAGAACUCUCGUCCACGUCGCAUUAAAGUAUGGGAAAGACGUCUAAUGAGGGAUUUCCAAGUGGCUCCCGUGCAGACAAGCAGCUGCGAGCAAUUGUCGGAUGUCAAUGGCGAGGGGGAUAUGAGUGAGAUUAAAAUUGAAUCGUUGCCCUCAAAGCCGCCCAAGGAGACGGCACGAGAGCGUUUCCAGCGUGUGGCACGGCUGGUUCUUAUGCAAUCAACUGCCCACAAGUGGAAUGUAGUGAUUCGAGGCACUAUGCCCAAUUCUCAGAUAGGACGUUGCAAUACCCAAAAAGAGCGCAAGAACUUACAACAUUUGGGCAAAGCCAUCGAAGAGGCCAAGAGGCUCAUUAUGUUAACCCCAGGCUGCAAUUCGGGUCGUGAGUCACCCAUUCGCAUUGAGUUUGAGGAUGAGAAGACGAGCACUUUGUUGGAUUUGCUCAAUCAAAUUAGUGAGGAGAUUAACGAUUGUGAACGACCGAGAAAGAGGCCAAUUUGGCGUCCCCCUUUAAAAUCGGUGCCAGCCCGUGCCCUAGCGGCACAAAAUGCACGCUCUCAUACGGCACCAGAACUUAAACUGGCCAGAAAGAGUUCACCGGCUGCACUAAUGCCCACUACCAAGGCACCACUACCAGCACCAUCAUCAACAUCAACAUCAUCGGCUAAAAUUUCAUCAGCCAUCGGCAAUACUCGUGCACGUGAAUUACCCUUAUGCCCCAGUAAAUUGGCCGCAACUGCCACGGCUCCAAUUUCUCUACGGAAAACAGCGCCCAAUGCUCCAGCUCCUGCGUCCAUUAUGGGCAAUAAACAAAGCCAUUCAUCUACUCCCUUCUCCGUGGAAUUGGCUCGCAAUCGUGGCGUGUCCUCGGCCAAUUCGAAUUCCUUUGACAUACAAGUUGUCGAUCUGGAUCUGGAGAAAACCCAGCAUCGUGAGAGAAAGAACUCCACAGCCAAAGAUGAUAAUAUUUCUGAUAUUAGCUCCGUUGUGAGCAUGAGUCCCAAGCGGCCAAGGCAUUGAAACUGAAUGUGAUUCUAGCAUGGACUCUGGUGAUAAGCUUCCUCCAAUUGAUGCCUUACAGAUAUACAAAAAUUAUAUACAGAGAUAUAUAUAUACAUAUAUAUUUCUCCCUUUAUUUAUAUACCACAAUA